CCCUUUAGUAGGCAUUGCCUUGUUUUUCAAUAAUAACAAUAUAAGCAGUAAAAACUCUAAAAAGUAAUAAAUAUAUGUAAUUUUGCCAAAUGCUGCCUGUUUAACGUUGCGCUUAAAAUAUACUGGUACAAGGAGUGAUUGUAUUGAAAUUGAAUUUAGCAACAACAAAUUAAUUGUUGACCAACAAGGAUAGGCGCGCGCACACACAUACACACACACGCAGUCACAUAUACACACAGCAAACAAUAUGGUGGACUACUACAAAGUAUUGGAUGUUGCACGCACCGCCACUGACGGAGAAGUGAAAAAAGCCUAUCGAAAAUUGGCACUCAAAUGGCAUCCAGACAAGAAUCCGGACAAUUUGGAAGAAGCAAACAAACGCUUUCGCGAGCUAUCCGAGGCCUACGAAGUCUUAUCGGAUGCCCGUAAGCGACGUAUCUACGAUGCUCGGUCCACGCUGCACAAAACGUCAGCAGCGAGCAGUAACAGCAGCAGCACCUACUCCCGCUAUCGCAGCGGCAACGGUACAUCCUCAACGAGUGGUCGUGACUACGACUACGAUUAUUAUUAUCCCAGCUAUAGCAGCGGGUCAGCUGCCAGUAGGCGUGGCAAUCGCUAUCAGGCGUUCACCUUCCGCAACUUGUUCGAGGGCACACCGUUUCACAAACUGUUUGAGAAGAAACGCCGCAUUUACGAUGAGUACGGCAAGGAUGGAUUAGGGGAUCGGGCACAGAGCCGCACGCAUGCUCGUCAUCAUUAUAAUACACACGACUUUGAUGACUUUGACAUAAUGGGCGGCUUUCCAUUCGUGUUCCGACCGCCCGAAGAGGUCUUCCGCGAGUUCUUUGGCGUCAAUUCGCCCUUUGCCGACUUCUUUAGAGACGCCAAUGGCUAUUCGCAGUCAAAUGGCGCCACUAGCAGCAGUCGGCGUCAUGGCGGACACAGCCUUAAUGGCGGCGUCAACGGCGGUGGUGGCGGUGGCGGUGCAGCUCGCCAUCAUCAUCAUCACCAGCAUAAAUUGGCGAGCCCGUUCGGUGCGCCCAUGCUCAACUAUUCAAUGAUGGACUUCUUCAUGCCCACCAGCGGCUUCACCUCCUUCUCUGCCAGCAACAGCGUCGCCACCGGCGGCGGCGGGCUCCACAGCAACGGAGCGGUCAAGCGCACCUCCACCUCAACGGUAUUUGUCAAUGGCAAAAAGCUGAUGACCAAACGCGUCGUCGAAAAUGGCAAGGAAACUGUCUUUUCAUAUGAAAACGAUGUCCUUAAAUCAAAGACUGUGAAUGGAGUAUCCCAAAAGCUCUCUUCAAUAGCGAAUUAAUUAAACAAUUUAUAAAAGUGGGCAACAAACACACUCUCACUCACACACACACACACACGUACAGAGACAAUGAUAACAUGUUAUUUAACAUAAACAACAAGAAAAGAGAUAAGAGAAGGAUUCAAUGCGAAGGAGUUCAGCAGCGGCGUGAAACUAACAACAAACAACAUAAACAAUAAUAAACAAAAAGUCAUAAGCUUAAAACAAAAAACCAACAACAAGAAUAUGAGGAUGGACGAGUAGCAGCAGGAGUAGGGGAGGAAGAGGAAGAGGAUUAUGAUGAACGCUUUCUUAAUGCUUCGUUGAAUAAACAAAAAUAUAUUUAAAGAAAUUGUUCUACAUUAGAAUUUAGUUAUGUUUUAAUGAAACCCGUUUGAUUUGAAGAAUGAAGCAGCAGCA